AUGAGUGCACUUGGCGCCCCACCGACGCCGCUGCCGCUUCUUGCGACCACGAAAUCGUCCCACGUGACUGCCGAAACGCAUGCGACACGCUGUCCCACUGUCGUGCAGAUCCCUGCGGUCCGACUACCGCUUCUGCCCGCGUUUCCCCGCAAGUCGACAGCCUCUUGUUCGGCUGUUGGUGUUGUUGCUGUCGCUAUCUCUGCUAUGGACUCGUGUUCCCCCAAGUGUAUGGACACACUGGAAAGAGACGCAAAAAAACCAGUCACGACACUGACUUCAAGCGCGUCAGGUGCUGCUACGGACAUAGACACUGACCUGAUACGGUAUCAGGCAGCAGGACAGGAGCCGACGAUCGAUCUCGAGGAGCUCGGCCUGGACGCAGCUUCACAGGCUGAACAGCGGCAGCAGCAACAACAGCAGCAGCAGCAGCAGGAGGAGAGUAUCGUUGUGGACUAUGAAGACAGCGACGGAGACCGCGUGGACCUUCGAGACGACGCCGGUGCGUGCACUCUUAGUGCGUGUAGACCAUUGACAGAGAGCGUGGCCGCCGCUGAGGACUGGGCCGGCGGCCACAGUGCCCGUCGUCGCUCCCGCUGCAGCAGCUCCGAGACGAGUCGGUCGAGUCGGAAGCACCAGGUAACCAGCACUGGCGUACAGGACGUUGUAAAGCAGCCCCAAGUCGAUUGCUACGAAGCUCUGCGCUGCUCGAACGUGCACAAACUCUGCAUGUGCGAAGUGCAGCUGCACCGCACGCUCGAGUCGUGCUGGCUCGUGUCCAGUGGCCACGUGUACGACGUGACGGGGCUCGUCUUUGCCCAUCCAGGCGGUGUGCGCUCGAUCCUUCGCAAAGCUGGCGGUCCCGACUGUGCACGGGACAUGACGUUCCACACGAAAGCUGCGCGCAAGAUGAUGGACAAGUGCUUCAUCGGCAAACUCGAGCAGUGCGGCGACGACGACGACGUGGACGGCGCUAGUGGUGACGCCAAUUGCAACGUGAUGUAG